AGUUCACCUCGGUCGUGUUCGGUGCAAAAGCAUAGUUCCAUCAGGAUUGUCUCUAGCUGCAUGCAUUCGACUCUCUGGAGCUCUGGCUCGAGCCGCAUUGUCCAACGCGCCGCUCUUGCCACCGGACGCUCUUUAGGCUGGGCAAGUGCGCCGGCAUUCUCAACAGCAGCUGUUGCGACAGCGGGCAGGAGGGACCCUGGCAGCAGAACCCCACAUUUCCACAUGAUGUCGCAGUCAAACAAAAGAAUUCGCCAGCUCUCUGGUCACCUCCCACCUCCACAACCACGAUACAGCAGCACACAAUCAAAUACCCCCAACAUGUCGAAGUAUUCCGUACGGGCAGUGGGUGCCCCGCACACGCUCGAACAUCGCAUCUACAUCGAAAAGGAUGGCGUGCCAGUCUCGCCUUUCCACGACAUCCCACUCUAUGCCAACGAGCAGCAGACCGUCCUCAACAUGAUCGUGGAGAUCCCACGAUGGACCAAUGCCAAGCAAGAGAUCUCCAAGGACGAGGAGCUCAACCCAAUCAAGCAGGACACCAAGAAGGGCAAGCUGCGAUUCGUUCGCAACUGCUUCCCCCACAAGGGCUACCUGUGGAACUACGGUGCCUUUCCUCAGACCUGGGAAGACCCUAAUGUCACCCACCCAGAGACCAAGCAGAAGGGCGACAACGACCCGCUCGAUGUCUGUGAGAUUGGUGAGCUGGUGGCCAAGCCUGGUGAGGUCAAGCAGGUCAAGGUCCUCGGUGUCAUGGCUCUGCUCGACGAGGGCGAGACCGACUGGAAGAUCAUCGUCAUCGACGUCAACGACCCUCUGGCGCCCAAGCUGAACGACAUUGAGGACGUUGAGCGUCACCUUCCAGGUCUUCUCCGUGCGACCAACGAGUGGUUCCGCAUCUACAAGAUUCCAGAUGGCAAGCCAGAGAACCAAUUCGCUUUCUCGGGCGAGUGCAAGAACAGGAAGUACGCUACGGAGGUCAUCCGUGAGUGUGCUGAGGCUUGGGACAAGCUCAUCACUGGCAAGACCCAGCCAGGUGACAUCAACCUCACCAACGUCUCCGUUCCGCAGAGCGCCAACCGCGUUGACCCCAAGUCGCUGAAUAUCCCAGCUGGAGAGAACAAGGCACCAGCACCAAUUGACCCAAGCAUUGACAAGUGGUUCUACAUCUCUGGUGCCUCUGCUUAGAUUCUCAUAGCAUGAUCGCUGGCGAACGAACUUCAGUCAAGGCUGAUCUCGCCAUGUGCAUCAGGGACGAUAAAUCACGACUAAAAAGGGAAACGCAUGCACGCAAAGACUGUAGAGGGACGUGAGGCUUUUAUGAAAAUACAGCAGACUCGACGUCGAUAGAGCUGUACCUAUGCUGCUAAAUGCGGCUUGUGCAUUGAACCACCCCAAGUUUGUCCUCAACACUUGUCAAUACGUCUCGGACCAUAUGUCUUUGCAUAUAGAUUCCAACCGCUCCAUGCUGUUUGUUAUACAUGUUGCUCGCUCGUCUACCC